CGUCGGCCGCCGCACGGAGAGCUCCUCUGCGCGGUGCUUCGGUUUUCUCGUUUGUGGAGUGCGACGCUUCUGACAACGGCUGAGGCAGUUUAUGAGGAUCGUGUGAGAGCCGCAGCAUGAAUCUACCGGUGCUGUGGCGCUUCGCCACGCUGCUCCUCAUGGGAUGCAGUCUCGGCAUGUCUGAAGAUGAUACGAUGGGCCCGAUUUUCAACCGUGAACCUCCAAACAGAGUGGAUUUUUCAAACACAACUGGUGCAGUAGUUGAGUGCUCAGCUAGAGGAAACCCUACACCUGACAUAAUAUGGAUAAGAGCUGAUGGAUCAGCAGUUGGAGAUGUCCCUGGUUUGAGACAGGUUAUGCCCAAUGGAAACUUAGUUUUCCCACCAUUUCGAGCCGAAGACUACCGACAAGAGGUACAUGCACAGGUUUACGUGUGUCUGGCAAAAAAUUCAGUUGGUUCUAUUCAUUCAAGGGAUGUUAAUGUCAGAGCAGUUGUUCAGCAGUUCUAUGAUACAGAUGUAAACAAGGAAUAUGCAAUACGGGGUAAUUCUGCAGUGUUGAAAUGCCAGGUGCCCUCCUUUGUAGCUGAUUUUGUCAGUGUUGUGUCUUGGCAUACUGAUCAAGGAGAGACAUUCUAUCCAUCAGAAACAAAUUACGAUGGAAAGUACAUAGUUUUACCAUCGGGUGAAUUACAUAUCAGAGAUGUAGGACCUGAAGAUGGUUACAAAUCAUAUCAGUGUCGUACAAAACACAGACUUAGUGGAGAAACACGACUAAGUGCAACAAAGGGCCGUCUUGUCAUCACUGAGCCUGUAGGAGCUGCUGCCCCGAAGGUUCCAUCUCUUACAAAAAUAUACACAUCAGAAAAAUUUGUUAGAUCAGCAUUUUCAAUCUUGUGCCCAGCUCAAGGGUAUCCACCACCUAGUUAUAGAUGGUACAAGUAUAUAGAUGGGACAACCCGUAAACAACCAGUAAUUUUGGAUGAGCGUGUCAAACAAGUCAGUGGGACAUUGAUUAUCAAGGAGGCAAAAGUGGAUGAUUCUGGAAAAUAUCUGUGUGUUGUAAACAAUUCUGUUGGAGGAGAAAGUGUGGAGACAGUCCUUACUGUCACAGCUCCACUUGCAGCAAGUGUAGAACCGCAGACUCAGACUGUAGAUUUUGGACGUCCUGCUACAUUUAAAUGUAACUUUGAAGGAAAUCCAAUUAAAACUAUUAGCUGGUUGAAAGAUGGUAAACCACUUAAUCAUAAAGAACCAAUCCUAACAAUUGAAUCUGUUAAGAAGGAAGACAAGGGAAUGUAUCAAUGUUUCAUUAGGAAUGAUCAAGAAAGUGCUGAAGCAAGUGCAGAAUUAAAACUUGGUGGAAGGUUUGAACCUCCCCAGUUACGCUAUUCAUUCCCGGAGGACACUUUACAGCCUGGUCCAUCUGUCUUUCUAAAAUGCAUUGCCUCUGGUAAUCCAACACCUGAAAUAACAUGGGAGCUGGAUGGCAAGAAACUCUCCAAUAGUGACCGUUUGCAGGUUGGUCAAUAUGUAACGGUUAAUGGUGAUGUUGUGUCACAUCUCAACAUCUCUUCUACUCAUACAAAUGACGGAGGCCUCUACAAGUGCAUUGCAUCUUCCAAAGUGGGAUCUGUUGAACAUUCAAACAGGUUAAACAUUUAUGGACUUCCUUUUAUCCGUCCAAUGGAGAAGAAAGCUAUUGUUGCAGGGGAAACACUAAUAGUCACCUGCCCAGUUGCAGGGUACCCUAUCGAGUCAAUUGUGUGGGAAAGAGAUGGAAGAGUUCUUCCAAUAAACAGGAAACAAAAAGUUUUUCCUAAUGGUACUCUGAUAAUUGAAAAUGUUGAACGGCUGUCUGACCAAGCAACUUACACAUGCGUAGCUCGCAAUUCUCAAGGUUACAGUGCAAGAGGAACACUGGAAGUGCAAGUAAUGGAGAUACCGGUUCUACUCCCCAUAACAUUAUCAUCUGAAUACAGCAGUGAAGGCGAAUAUGUACAGUUAUCAUGCAUUGCAUCAAAGGGUGAUCUCCCAAUGAAUUUUCAAUGGUUCUUGGACAAUGAAGCAGUAACUCCUACAAUGGGAACAACCACAGUAAAUGUCGGUCGGCAGACAAGUCUGCUUAUUAUUCAAAGUGUCACAUUCAGACAUGCAGGAAAUUAUACGUGUACUGCCACAAAUGCUGGUGGUCAGACAAAACAAAAGGCUCAGCUAAUUGUCAAGGUGCCACCAAGAUGGAUUUUGGAACCAACAGACAAAGCAUUUGCUCAAGGAAGUGAUGCAAAAGUUGAAUGCAAAGCUGAUGGUUUUCCAAAGCCUCAAGUGACAUGGAAGAAAGCUGCUGGUGACACACCUGGAGAUUAUAAUGAUCUUAAGCCCAACAACCCCAAUAUAAGAGUGGAGGAUGGGACACUGUCAAUAAAUAACAUACAAAAAACUAAUGAAGGCUAUUAUUUAUGUGAAGCUGUAAAUGGCAUUGGGUCAGGAUUGUCUGCUGUUAUUUUAAUCAGUGUGCAAGCUCCCCCUCAUUUCGAGAUCAAAUUGCGUAACCAGACAUCACGUCGUGGGGAACCAGCUGUCCUGCAAUGUGAAGCUAGAGGUGAAAAACCAAUUGGUAUCUUGUGGAAUAUGAAUAACAAACGCCUUGAUCCCAAGAGUGACAAUAACAGAUACACGAUCAGAGAGGAAAUACUUCCUAAUGGUGUUUUGUCUGACCUGAGCAUAAAACGAACUGAGAGAGAGGAUUCUGCUCUGUUCACAUGUGUUGCUACAAAUGCAUUUGGGAGUGAUGAUACAAGCAUUAAUAUGAUUGUUCAAGAGGUUCCUGAAGUACCUGAUGGCUUGAAAGUUCUGGAUAAAUCUGGCCGAUCUGUUCAGUUGUCUUGGGCUGCACCAUAUGAUGGAAAGUCUCCAAUCAAGCGUUAUCUUAUUGAAUUCAAACAUGCAAAAGGAACAUGGGAAAAUGACAUAGAUAGAGUACUUGUUCCUGGUCAACAAACAGUUGCUGGUGUCUUCAACCUUAAACCUGCCACAACGUAUCACUUGCGUAUUGUAGCUGAGAACGACAUAGGAACUUCCGAUCCAUCUGAUACAGUUACGAUUAUAACAGCUGAGGAAGUACCCAGUGGUCCACCAAUGAAUGUUAAGGUUGAAGCUGAAGGUCAACAUACAUUGAAGAUUUUGUGGAAACCUCCAGAACGGGAUCAAUGGAAUGGAGAGAUACUUGGUUAUUAUGUGGGUUACAAGGCAGCAUCAGCUGACACACCAUAUUUGUUUGAAACUGUUGAAUUCAGCAAAGAAGAAGGCAAAGAGCAUCAUCUUCAGAUAACUGACCUGAAGACGUACACUCAGUAUGCUGUAGUAGUCCAAGCUUUCAACAAAGUUGGUGCUGGCCCAAUGUCAGAAGAAGUGCGUCAGUACACAGCUGAGGGCAUCCCAGAGCAACCACCUCAGGAUACAACCUGCACCACUCUCACCUCUCAGACAAUCAGAGUGUCAUGGGUAUCUCCACCACUCAGCACUGUGAAUGGAGUCAUUAAGGGAUACAAGGUUGUUUAUGGCCCCAGUGAUAGCUGGUAUGAUGAUAACACCAAAGACACAAAAAUAACAUCUGCCAGUGAGACUAUACUACAUGGGCUGAAAAAAUACACAAAUUAUAGCAUGCAAGUUCUUGCCUAUACUUCUGGAGGAGACGGUGUCCGCAGCCCUGCAAUCCAUUGUCAAACUGAGCAGGAUGUUCCAGAAGCACCAAAUGCUGUAAAGGCUUUGGUAAUGUCAAGUGAAUCAAUCCUUGUCAGCUGGAAACCUCCAGAGCAACCAAAUGGAAUUGUUACUCAGUACACAGUCUAUGUUAAGGAAGACAGUGAAGCAGCAAAGGAGGAGGAACCCAAAAGUCAGAAGGUACCCCAAUAUCAAAUGAGCUAUGAAGCUUCUGGGCUUAAGAAGAAAGAGAGAUAUGAAUUUUGGGUGACAGCAUCAACUAUAAUUGGUGAAGGUCAACCUUCAAAACCUGUCUCUUUGUCACCUAGCCCAAGAGUUCCAGCAAAAAUUGCAUCAUUUGAUGACAACUUCACUGCAACCUAUAAGGAAGAUGUGAAAUUGCCUUGCCUUGCAGUUGGUAUUCCUUCUCCAGUAAUUGUUUGGAAAGUGAAAGGACUUGCUUUUCAGCCAGAUGACAGAAUUCAACAGUUGCCUGAAGGGUCACUCUUCAUUACAUCUGUAACAAGGCAAGAUGCUGGAGAAUACACAUGUACUGUGGAAAAUUCCUUUGGUCAAGACACUGUUACUCACAGAUUGGUUGUGCAUGCACCACCUCAUAAACCACAAGUCACUUUAACAUCUACUACAACAAACUCAAUCACAAUAAAGUUACGUCCACAUCCAACGGAUAAUGCACCUUUACAUGGAUAUACUAUUCAUUACAAGCCAGAAUUCGGUGAGUGGGAAACAGUACAGGCUGGCAGCCAGACACAGACUUUCACCAUUGAGAAUCUCUGGUGUGGCUCACGUUACCAGGUGUACGUCACGGCUUAUAAUGGAAUUGGUACUGGAGAUGCCUCAGACAUUUUGAAUACAAAAACCAAGGGUGCAAAACCUGGUAUACCAGAAGCUAGUCGUUUCAUUGAAGUUUCAUCUGGCAGUAUCACUUUACAUUUAAGUGCAUGGUCUGAUGGUGGUUGUCCAAUGCUGUACUUUGUUGUUGAACACAAGAAGAAGUCACAGACAGAAUGGAAUCAGGUGUCUAACAAUGUGAAACCAGGUGGCAAUUUUGUUGUUUUGGACCUGGAUCCAGCUACUUGGUAUCAUCUUCGUGUCACUGCACAUAAUAAUGCAGGUUUCGCUGUGGCUGAGUAUGAAUUUGCUACAUUAACUGUGACUGGAGGGACCAUCCCACCUCCUGAGAGAGAACUGACAGCUGUUAAUAAAUAUUUUCCUUGGCUUCCUGACUGGCUGGAUUUGAAUGUCAUUGUGCCACUGGCUGCUACUAUUGUUGUCAUCAUUGUCGGUGUUGUUGUUAUAUGCGUUGCAAUAUCUAGACGAUCAAGAGGACCAGAGCAGACAAGAUUACGUGAUGAUGUAGUGUACAACCAGUCUGCCGGAGGCAACGCUACAGUGGACAAGCGCCGACCGGAUCUGCGCGAUGAGCUCGGCUACAUUGCACCACCAAAUCGCAAGUUGCCUCCUGUACCUGGAUCCAACUACAACACCUGUGAUCGUAUCAAGAGAGGUCACCCAGGCUCAUUUCGCAGUCAUGCUACCUGGGAUCCCCGCCAUCCCAGGCACAUGUAUGAGGAACUCAGCCUGCAUCCCCCUGGUUCGGGCAUCCGUAAGUUCUCAGGCCACCCCGGAUCUGAUGAAGCUCUCUACAGCCGUGCUGGAGGCAUGGAGGAUGAGAUAUGCCCCUAUGCUACAUUCCAUUUGCUAGGAUUUCGUGAAGAAAUGGAUCCCAACAAGGCAAUGCAGUUUCAAACCUUCCCACAUCAAAAUGGACAUGAACGAGCACACAGUGGUACCAUAGGACCCAUGGGCCCUGGCAGUAUGGCAGGAAAUGGCCACAUUCACCAGCGGACAGGAUCGCAGUCGAUGCCUAGAACUAAUGGUCGCUAUUCACGAGUAAAUAGCCAGAACGGCCCUGGAUCCAACUUUUCUCCUGGUCCAGAAUAUGAUGAUCCAGCAAACUGUGGUACAGAAGAAGACCAGUAUGGCAGCCAGUAUGGACAAUAUGGAGCCCCAUACGAUCAUUAUGGAAGCCGUGGCUCAGUAAGCAGAAGGAGUGUUGGUUCUGCUCGCAAUCUGCCAAUGUCUGGGAGUCCGGAACCACCACCUCCUCCACCUCGUAACCAUGACCCAAAUAACUCAUCUUUUAAUGACUCCAAAGAGAGUAAUGAAAUAUCAGAGGCUGAAUGUGAUCGUGACCAAUUAGUAAAUAGAAAUUAUGGAGUCAGUGUAAGAGCCCACAACAAGGACAUGACCACUGAGGAAAUGAGAAAGCUGAUUGAGAGAAAACCAAAUGAAGCAGGGCAUCACCAACAAAACGGAUUCGCAGUCACACCCUACGAUACUGUGGCAGUGUAACCUGUAGUUGCAAAGAAGUGCAUCUAGAAAGACAUCGGCAAGACCUGUGCCAUAAAAAACAUUAUACCCUGCUGUGUGAAGAAGCUUUGAAUGGAAAUAUUUAAUAAGCAUCAAUUGUGUGUGAACGUUAUUCAGUGUUUUCAUGUUCUUUCUUUUAUCUUUAUUCACAUUAGAAAUUAAAGUAUUUAUAAAAUAUUCAUUGUAAUGCAUUGAUAGAAAAUAUAUCCAUUCUCAGCUGUGAAUGGUAAGCUCUUGGAUAUUAACAGUUUUAGGAUAAUGUACAGCAGGGCUAUAAUUUUAAUUGGCAGUAGUGCAAGACGGCUCAUCCAAAGGUUGCAACCAAACAGACUUUCUCAUAUACAGAAGUCUUUGUUUUAGGAAGACCAAAAUACAAUAUAUGUAUUGUAAUAACUUCUUUCCACCCAUGUUCUAUGAUAUAUGUGCAUUUUCAGCCUUUGUUACACUGUGUUUUCUUUAAAACAUUAAAGAUGACAAUGUUGAUAAAGAGAAUGGCUCAACUUUGUGGCAUGUGAUAUUUUGUCAUAAUGGUACUAUUAUGUAUGUUUUUACAUGUUUUUGAAAUGGGAAUGAAAUGAGAGUGAAAGAAUCUUAAUAAAUGCUGUGUGGUGUGUAUCAUAACCUACUUUAUCAGAAAGGGCAAACACUUAGCUUUCCUUGUUGCAAAACGAAUUAGUGGAAACAAUUAGGACACAUACUGUAUAUCAUUAAAUUAUUUUCGUAAUCAUAUACAUAUAUAAAUACAAAUAUAUAUACAUAAAUCUUAUUGCCAUUACUGUUUCUGUAUAUUGCUAAGCUCCUCUUUAAAUGUUUGUGAUGAACUGCUAAUUUCAAAUUCUAAGACUUUCUUUUGUCGAGUUCACAGAAUUUCAGUUCUAAAACAUUUAUGUGAGAUGUGUAAACAGUGUGUGUUCUGCUCUUGUUCUGCAAAUACUGUACAAUGUUUAUAAUAAUAAAUGCCACAGCUUGUAUUCUUAUAUGUUGAACAGUCUUCACUGUAAUCGUAUGUCUGUCAGUGCUAGUGUUUUGAAUGUUUUUACAUAUUUUGUCAUAAGUGAUAAAGACUCCAAUGAUGUAUGCUGCUGCACAAGAAGCAGAGACACCUGUGUAGACAACAGGCAGAGACUAAGCCAUUUGUGUACCAGAUUUCACUUUUUAUAGCUUCAUAAUUGCUGACAUCAACACUUUAAAUGUAAUAGUGAUGCAAAACUGAAAUUCAGAUACUUAAUUUAUAGCAGUAUUUGUAUCUUCUGUAAGUGUUUAAUUCAGUUCCUUUAAAAUUCAAAAUUUAUAUUCAUCAAGCUUGUUCUUAUACAUAUAGGGAACAAAAUCAUACAGGAUUCUUUCUUUUGUUUCUAGCUUGAGAAGAUAAGCAAAAUUCUUAACUUUCUUCAAAAAUUGUAUACAGUUUAAUAAACAGAAAAAUUAAUAGGUUAAUUUACCUAUGUAAUAUAUCUAGGCUCAUAAAAGUAACUAUUAUAUUCUUACAAUAGCCAAAUCAUUAGCAGAUAACUGAUAAGAAAAAGUGAAAUACUAUCAGUCUGCUUAUAACAGACCUUAAGGUACAUUUCCAAAAAUCAAGAUAAAAUUGUCUUAUGGCUAUAUUACUGCUACUCAUAAAUUUAUAAAUAAAUGUAAUGAUGGUGUAUAAGUGCUUAUAAAACUGCAUUUACAAUUUAGGUAAAGUUUUCAGUAAUUUCUCUCAAUGAAUGUGAUAACUCACAUUACUUGAAUUUCAGUUUUCUUGAGUGUUAUUUUCAUUUUGGUCAGCCCCAACAUUUCAAUGACAUUUGUGUGACUUACGUGAUAAUAUCAAUGACUGAAACUAAUUUAGUUGGUAUAAGCAAGUGCCUUGCAUUACAUUUGUAACAUUAAAGAUUUAUAAUCUCCAUUUUCGUAAUUAUUGUUGAUGAUGUAAUAUCUGUUUUUACAUUUGUUAAGUACGUUAAGACACCGUAGCAGAAAAUGUAAUGCAGGGCAUUUUUAAAAUUUUAUAAUAAAAUUUGUAAAAAAAGGAAGCAGAUUUGAAGUCAGUCUGAUUUGUUAGGUUAGUGGAAAUUAUCUUUAUAAAUCCACUUGCUUUGUUCUUGUGUAAAUAUGCGUAAUUCUUGUUUUUAUGCAUCUGCUUAUUCAGGUAUCAAUAUUGAAAAACUGUUUCUCUGCUCCCCUGUUUUUUGAGGGAUUGUAGUGUGAAACAAGUUAUUUGUACCAAAGUUGUAGAAUUAAUGAACUUUUGUGUUAUUAAAGGUUUUACACACAACUA